GGGUCGUGCUCGGUGGCGCGCUCUCGCGUCCGGGACCUGAGGUGGCGGCUGCUCCGCGUGUCCUGGCCGCGCGCCGCCCCUCCUCGAGGCCGCCUGCACUGCGCCUGCGUCGGGCGACAUCCUUCCUCCCCUGAGCUGCCGCCAUCAUGCUGCUGCCCGUGUUCACCCUGAAACUGCGCCACAAAAUCAGCCCCCGCAUGGUGGCCAUAGGCCGCUACGACGGGACUCACCCGUGCCUGGCUGCCGCCACCCAAGCAGGCAAGGUUUUUAUACAUAAUCCUCACAUGAGGAGCCAGCAUUUCAGUGCAUCCAGAGUUUUCCAGAGCCCCCUGGAGUCUGAUGUUUCUCUUCUCAACAUUAACCAGACCGUCAGCUGCCUGACUGCGGGAGUGUUGAACCCUGAGCUUGGCUAUGAUACUCUUUUAGUGGGGACACAGACUAAUCUUUUGGCUUAUGAUAUCUACAAUAAUUCAGAUUUGUUGCACAGAGAGGUAGCAGAUGGAGCAAAUGCCAUUGUGCUGGGGACACUGGGAGACAUUGCCCCUCCUCUUGCAAUUAUCGGUGGAAAUUGUGCUCUUCAGGGCUUUGAUCAUGAAGGGAAUGAUCUCUUUUGGACGGUUACUGGAGACAAUGUUCAUUCCUUGGCUUUGUGUGACUUUGAUGGUGAUGGGAAGACAGAGCUUCUUGUUGGAUCUGAGGAUUUCGACAUUCGAGUUUUUAAAGAAGAUGAGAUUGUGGCAGAAAUGACAGAAACGGAGAUAAUCACCUCUCUAUGCCCCAUGUAUGGCAGUCGAUUUGGUUAUGCUCUUUCCAAUGGCACCGUUGGGGUUUAUGACAAAACAGCCCGGUACUGGAGAAUUAAAUCCAAAAAUCAUGCCAUGAGCAUUCAUGCAUUUGACAUUAAUUCUGAUGGAGUAUGUGAACUGAUAACCGGGUGGUCUAAUGGGAAGGUUGAUGCUCGAAGUGACCGCACUGGGGAAGUCAUCUUUAAAGACAACUUCUCUUCUGCAGUUGCUGGUGUGGUACAGGGAGAUUAUCGGAUGGAUGGCCAUGUACAAUUAAUCUGCUGCUCUGUGGAUGGAGAAAUCCGAGGCUACCUGCCAGGCACGGCUGAGAUGAAGGGGAACCUCUUGGACACCAGUGUGGAGCAGGACCUGAUCCGGGAGCUGAGUCAGAAAAAGCAGAAUCUGUUGCUGGAACUCCGCAACUAUGAGGAAAAUGCCAAGGCUGAACUGAGCAGUCCCCUGAAUGAGGCUGAUGGGCAGAGGGGCAUAAUCCCAGCCAAUACCAAGCUCCACACUGCCCUCUCAGUCAAUCUGGGGAACGACACACAAGAUGCGCAUGCGGAAUUACGCAUUUCCACGUCCAAUGACACCAUCAUCCGAGCAGUAUUGAUUUUUGCAGAGGGAAUUUUUGUAGGGGAAAGCCACGUGAUCCACCCCAGCAUUCAUAAUCUCUCCAGCUCCAUCCGUGUCCCAAUUACACCUCCCAAAGAUGUCCCUGUGGAUCUGCACCUGAAAACCUUCGUGGGUUACAGGAGCAGCACCCAGUUCCACGUAUUUGAAUUGACAAGACAGCUUCCCCGAUUUACCAUGUAUGCACUGACCAGCCCAGACUCGUCUAGUGAGCCCCUCAGUUAUGUGAACUUUAUCAUUGCAGAGCGGGCACAGAGAAUGGUCACAUGGAUCAACCAAAACUUUCUGUUGCCAGAAGACACUAACAUCCAGAAUGCUCCAUUUCAAGUGUGUUUCACAUCCUUACGGAAUGGUGGCCAGCUCUACAUAAAAAUAAAACAAAGUGGUGAGAUCACUGUGAAUACUGAUGAUAUUGAUUUGGCUGGUGAUAUUAUCCAGUCAAUGGCAUCUUUUUUUGCUAUUGAAGACCUUCAGGUAGAAGCAGAUUUCCCUGUCUACUUUGAGGAAUUACGAAAGGUGCUGGUGAAGGUGGAUGAAUACCACUCAGUGCAUCAAAAGCUCAGUGCUGACAUGGCUGAUAAUUCUAAUGUGAUUCGCAGUUUGCUGGUUCGUGCUGAGGAUGCUCGUCUGAUGAGGGACAUGAAAACAAUGAAGAAUCGCUAUAUGGAACUCUAUGACCUUAAUAAAGAUUUACUAAAUGGAUAUAAGAUUCGCUGUAACAACCACACAGAACUGUUAGGAAACCUGAAGGCGGUGAAUCAAGCAAUUCAAAGAGCAGGUCGUCUGCGUGUUGGAAGGCCGAAGAACCAGGUGAUCACAGCAUGUCGGGACGCGAUCCGAAGCAACAACAUCAAUACGCUAUUCAGAAUUAUGCGGGUUGGGACCGCUCCUUCUUAGGAGAGGAGAAAAGACGGAAGGAAACUCCUGCACAAGGUUUCUCCUCAGAAAUCCAGCCUGGGUUGCUCUGGCUCACAUCCUGGUGACCCAGGAAUGAAAACAGCUGUGUGAGUGAGACACACUAAAGACAAGGCAUUCCAUCUGAAAAUGUCUCUUUCACUGGCCAUCAGUAGUACUGUUGUGGAGUAACACUAGACCCUAUGGAUUGUGAAUACCUUAAAAUAGCAGGUGCUCACAGUCUGACUUUUUUUGUAUGUAAAGUUUGUAUAUGAAUUUAUCUUUUUUCUUUGAAAUUGUAAUUGAAUUUUAAAUUCUGAAACAGUAUUUACUUUUUCAUUAAAGGUAAAAGAUGCUGUUCUCUAUUGAUCGAUUAUAAAUCACCACCAGAGCAGAAGUGCAAAAAACAUUUUUAUUUAUUUUGUGGGGAAAAACAAAAAUGUAGACAUUCAGUUCAAUUUGUGUACCUUCUUUUUAAUCAUUGGAAGGUGUGUAUAAACAAACAUAUUAAGGAAGAACAAAUUUAAGGGUGAUCUGUGAGUUGGAGUAUCUUAAAAUUCAUCAUUGACUAUUUUCAUUUGUAAGGAUCCUGAAAGAGAAAAGCUUAAGGAAAAUGACUGAGAUAACUAUUUUCACAUUCUUUACAUGUAAUAGCGACCUUCAGUCUCUCCCUUGGAGCCCUGUUUGACAAGGUUGCUCUAGGGCCUUGUAUUUGUUUAUACCCAGCACAGUAGAAAAGGGGUCGUUCCCUGAAACAAGUGCAGGCUAGCCACAUCACACAUUACAAAGCUCUAAGUGUUUGUAACAGGGCGGUAGGAUUUCGGCUAACAUUUGUAUAUAUUUUUCUACUUUAAUUUCUCAAAAAUAAACAUGCAAUAUUUUAUAUACUGUGAAAAGAUAAAGCUAUUAUCUUUGGGUAGAAAAAUCUUCCUUUACUAAAGGGAGUUAUAGGAACUGGAAGUCUGCAACUGCGCAUGGUGGUGUAGACAGCUGCAAGCUCAGCAAUUGGGGAAUUAAGGGAGACACAGCAAGGCCCUGUGCCAAAAACACCAAUAAAUAAGUGAAUAAAACAAGGGAUUGGCGGUUCAGUAUUAACAAUUAAGAGAACGAUGCCAUUGAUCAUACAGAGAAGAACACAGCAGUCAUGAUCAAGAAUGAAGCUCAGUAUCAUAAGUUGAGGCAAGUUCCUUGUGCAAAUACAUUACUUGUACAGAUCAGAUGGUAGCUCUCAGGCUUCCAAACCCGUAUGCAUGUUAAAAAUACUUUAUCUUCAAUAACCUUAGCUUUCUAUAACUUCAGUUUUUAUAGCUUUUGACUUAUAACAUUUUGCUUAAAAUAUAUAACUGCACAAAAAUAUUUCCUUUAUAUUUAAGCUACUUUCUAUCUUCAAAAUUCAUUUCUUUAAACUUUCAGAACUUUUUUGUCUCACACGCGCGCACACACACCUGGGCCUACACAUCGAUUAUGAUUGUCAUCAUCAUCACUGUCUUCCACCUAUACAUUCUGUCCCACUGUAGUCUUCAGGGGCAGUAACAAUGCCUUUCUCUGGAAUACCUUGUGAAGGACUUGCCUGAGACUGUAUUACAGUUGACUUUUUUUUUUUUUUGGGUCUUUUUGAGACAGGGUCUCCCUGUAGCCCCAGCUGGCCUUGAACGCACAGAGAUCCGCCAGCCUCUGCCUCCUGCGCUGGGAUUAAAGGCGUGCACCACCACCCCCAGCUGCAGUCGACUGCUUUUUAACAGAAGUAUACUCUAAAGCAAGGAUAAUAGUCUAAAGUGUGCAUAAAGCAGUGGCAUUUGUUCAGUGGUUAUGUACUGUACACAGCGCAUGUGCUGUGCUUCUGCAGCCAGCAGCACUACAAAUGUGAGCAGUGAUCUGGACCACAGAGGCAACACCUCACUGGGCUGCAGGAAUGUUUCAGCUCCACUGCAGUCUUAUGGGCUAACUGUCUUUGAAUAUGUGAUCUGUCUUUGAAACAUCAAUAAUGUGGCACAUGACAACUAAAAAAAAAGCAGCUUCUCAGUCACUGAAUGUCAUUAGAGCAGAAAAGCAACCUGUAACAUCACCCUCCACAAACCAAGAGACACUGUAGACAUGACAGUGGGGUUCUUCGGGAUUCUCUCCCCUCAGGCACUUAAAUCCAGUAUUAUAAAGGUUCUGUGGUGGUAAAAGAUCAUAAACACAUGAAGUUAAAGAAGAAACUAAUAGGCAUAUUUUUACAUAUGGGUGAGAGCUUCAGAUUUAGACAAAUCUCCAGAGAUGAAGAAGCUCGGUGGCCUUAGUGAUGCUAAGAGCCAUAUGGGUCCUGAAAGUCUCAAACUGUUUUCCAAGCAUGGCAUGCCUAUGCAGCACUUUUCCUUGGGUCUUCCUAGGGUUAAUCUACUGACAAGGUUAGUUAACUAUCUCCCCUACUCAGGAAAACACAUAAAAAAGCCAGGGGAAAAGCUGGGCAUAGGUGGGCACACCUUUAAUCCCACCACUUGGGAGACAGAAAUAAGCAGAUCUCAGAUGACAGUCAGCCUGGUCUAAAUAACAAGUUCCAGGCCAGUUGGGGCUACAGAGAGACUCUGUCUCAAAAAACCAAAGUCUAAAAAAACAAAAACCAACCAACCCAAAACAACAAAAACCAAGAAAAAGAAAUCAAGGAGGGCUGGUGGUGGACCAAGUUCCUGGGUUUGAUUCCCAGUGAGUGCCCCAAACAAAAACAAGUUUAGAAUAAAGGUAAUAUGAUAGAGAUGACCUUGAAUCUGUAGCAAUGUAGAAAAGGCAAGCUUCAAAGUUAA